GCCGGUCUCUUUAAGGCCCUGCCGCGCCUGCGCCUUGGGCUUUCCUGACGCGGCCGGCCGGACCCUGGAAGAGCCAGCGGGCGGGCAGGGUGGGGGUCGGCUAGUAGUUAAAGCAGCGGCGGCGCCCGGAGGGGUGGGUGAGGGUCGGUGGCAGCUCUGAACUCUCGAGUGAACGCAGUGCUCCAGAGAGGGAGGGGAAAGCGGCCCGCGGAGCCGGAGCAGGGCCGAGGCGCUGAGACGCGGCGGCUAGGCUGCCGGCUGGAUGGGAAGUUAAUGUUUACGGCGGAGUCCAUCCAACGUUUCCAAGGUGGCGACAGACAAGGUUGCAGAAAAGCUGAGUUCUACUCUCUCAUGGGUGAAGAACACAGUAUCACAUACAGUCAGUCAGAUGGCCAGUCAGGUGGCAAGUCCAUCUGCCUCAUUACACACUACAUCCUCAUCUACCACACUAUCCACGCCAGCCCUUUCACCAUCUUCCCCUUCACAGUUGAGUCCAGACGACUUAGAACUCCUGGCUAAAUUGGAGGAGCAAAAUAGAUUGUUAGAGACGGAUAGUAAGUCUUUAAGAUCUGUAAAUGGGUCAAGAAGAAACAGUGGCUCCUCCCUUGUAUCAAGUUCAUCAGCUUCUAGCAACCUCAGCCACCUUGAAGAAGAUUCUUGGAUUCUUUGGGGAAGAAUUGUUAAUGAAUGGGAAGAUGUACGCAAAAAGAAGGAAAAGCAAGUUAAGGAUCUUGUUCGUAAAGGGAUACCCCACCACUUUAGAGCAAUAGUUUGGCAACUUUUAUGCAGUGCACAAAGUAUGCCAAUUAAGGAUCAGUAUUCAGAACUCCUGAAAAUGACCUCACCGUGUGAAAAAUUGAUCCGAAGGGACAUUGCUAGAACUUACCCUGAACACAAUUUUUUUAAGGAAAAAGAUAGCCUUGGACAGGAGGUUUUAUUUAAUGUAAUGAAGGCAUAUUCUUUAGUGGAUCGUGAGGUUGGUUACUGUCAAGGAAGUGCUUUUAUAGUUGGAUUGUUGCUUAUGCAGAUGCCGGAAGAAGAAGCUUUCUGUGUAUUUGUUAAAUUAAUGCAAGAUUAUAGACUUCGGGAACUUUUUAAACCAAGUAUGGCAGAAUUGGGCCUUUGUAUGUACCAGUUUGAAUGCAUGAUACAGGAGCAUCUUCCAGAGCUCUUUGUGCAUUUUCAGUCACAGAGUUUUCAUACCUCAAUGUAUGCAUCAUCCUGGUUUCUGACUAUAUUUCUUACGACUUUUCCAUUACCAGUUGCAACAAGGAUAUUUGAUAUCUUUAUGUCUGAGGGUUUAGAAAUAGUAUUUCGAGUAGGAUUAGCGCUUCUUCAAAUGAAUCAGGCAGAACUGAUGCAACUUGACAUGGAGGGGAUGUUACAGCACUUUCAGAAGGUCAUUCCACAUCAGUUUGAUGGUGGUCCAGACAAAUUAAUCCAGGCAGCUUACCAAGUGAAGUAUAACUCAAAAAAAAUGAAAAAGCUUGAAAAAGAAUACACUACAAUAAAAACUAAAGAAAUGGAGGAGCAAGUUGAAAUUAAAAGGUUACGCACAGAAAAUAGACUUUUAAAACAGCGAAUUGAAACAUUAGAAAAAGAAAGUGCUUCCUUGGCAGAUAGAUUGAUACAGGGACAAGUGACAAGAGCCCAGGAGGCUGAGGAAAACUACCUCAUAAAACGGGAGUUGGCCACCAUCAAACAGCAGAGUGAUGAGGCCAGUGCUAAACUGGAGCAAGCUGAAAAUACCAUCAGGAAGCUCCAGCACCAACAACAAUGGCAUAAAUGCAAUUCCAACUAUAAUGAAGAUUUUGUGCUGCAACUAGAGAAGGAAUUGGUCCAAGCCCGUCUGAGUGAAGCUGAGUCUCAGUGUGCGCUAAAGGAGAUGCAGGAUAAAGUCCUGGAUAUAGAGAAGAGAAACAACUCCUUUCCUGAUGAGAAUAACAUUGCAAGGCUUCAGGAAGAGCUCAUUGCUGUGAAACUGAGAGAAGCAGAAGCUAUUAUGGGAUUGAAAGAACUUAGACAACAAGUCAAGGAUUUAGAGGAACACUGGCAGCGCCACUUAGCUCGUACUACUGGGAGGUGGAAAGACCCACCUAAGAAAAAUGCUGUGAAUGAGUUACAGGAUGAACUGAUGACCAUUCGACUUAGAGAAGCUGAAACUCAGGCAGAAAUAAGAGAAAUAAAACAAAGGAUGAUGGAAAUGGAAACACAGAAUCAGAUCAAUAGUAACCAUCUUCGAAGAGCAGAACAAGAGGUGAUUAGUCUACAUGAGAAGGUACAAUAUCUUUCGGCACAGAACAAAGGACUGCUUACUCAAUUAAGUGAAGCAAAGCGCAAACAAGCAGAGAUUGAAUGCAAGAACAAGGAAGAAGUGAUGGCUGUGAGACUCCGGGAAGCAGAUAGCAUAGCUGCUGUGGCUGAAUUACAGCAGCACAUUGCUGAGCUGGAAAUCCAGAAAGAAGAAGGAAAGCUUCAAGGACAGCUUAACAAGUCUGAUUCUAACCAGUAUAUUAGGGAACUGAAAGAUCAGAUAGCAGAGCUGAAUCAUGAGGAAUGUUUUAACGUGGAGCCUCUUACACUCUGCUAAGACCCUCAUAGAAGCCACUGCGGAAACCCUUGCUGCUCCAGAUCUGUCAAGAGCCUUGGUUAAAUCCCACCCAUCUGUACAUCUUGUCUUCAUGGCAUACGUAGAAAACCUGGAUCCCAGUUCAAGUCUCUCCUUAUUCCAUCUUCCCCACUUCAUACAUUCCCAUCCAUCUAUGAUCAUACCACCUACUAGGCACUGUGUUUAGAACUAAAGGUAAAGAUUGAAACACAACUCAUAUCCCUCAAGGGGCUCACAGCCUAAUAACAGAGACCAGUGUUACAAAUAAACGAAUUGUAAUACAUAAUGAAAAAUAUUGCAUUAUAGUAGUUACCAUUACUCUGUGCCAGACACCAUCCUAAAUGUUAUACUUACAUUAUUUCUUUUAAUCUUCACAACACUCCUAUGAAGUAGGUAGCAUUGUUAUUAUUCAUGUUUUACAUGUAAUGAAACUGAGGUUCUGGGGUAUUAAAUAACUCCCCAUGGUCAUACAGUAGUUAGUGAUAGAAGUAGGAUGUUAUUUCAGACUAUAGGACUCCAAGCCCAUUUAUGCACUUAACUACUGUAUGCUAUGCCUCCUUUGAAACAUAUAGGAAUAAAAUGGUAACAGCAUCUGGAUUGGGUUUUGAAAAAUGAAAAGAAAUUUGUCACGCAGAUUGGACAUCAGGAACAUAUAAGUCAGAUACAUAAACCAAAAUUGUAGGUUCUAGGAAUGAAUAAGCCAUGUGCUUUUGCAACAUAGGUCUAUCUUCUUACAGCUACUGACCACUGAAGACAAAGAAUAUUUUCUGAAUGCCAGGAAAGGGAGCUAGAAAAAGGUAGAAAGUUAUUCUUAUUUAGAAGCUAAAAGAAAUACUCAAGACUCAUGUAGGUAUAGACAUACUGAGAAGUAUAGUCUUAUGGUUCAGCCAAAUUACCACUUGACUAGGCUUCUCUGGGCCCUUUGGAGUCUUGCUGCCAUUUACAGUAUUAUUUUUUAGGAAAAUGCAUACUAAACAGCUGAUUUGAAAAUGUUUUUAGAUAUAGAUUAUGUUUUCACUUGUUCUUGAUGGUGAUACGUUCUGGUGGAUGUUGUAGGAAUAGGUAAAUUUAUUCCAGUCUAAAGAUAAUUCAUUUAUGCUAAAAUUAAUUUUUUUUAUUAAACAGCUUUGCUGAAUUUUUAUAAUGUCAUAAUAGUUUUAAUGUGCUUUAUGUCCUUAAAAAUCUCACAAAAGUAAUUCUAGUUAUAUUUGCUUAGUAAGUUUUCUGUGUAGAGCAAGUUUUCCCUUUUUUCAUUAAGCUUUCUAGUGGUAGUUGCUAAACUGGGUGUAGAUACUUUGGAUGAUUAUUUUAAUCUUCACAAUUACCCUGUGAAAAUUAUUAUUCUCAUUUUAUAUCUCAGAGAGGCUAAAUAACAUAUCCACAGUCACAUAAUCAGUAAGCAGCAGAAGCUUGAAGCAGGACUUUCAUUUGACUGUGAUGUAUUAAACUUAGAAAGAAGUAAAACCAAAACAAACUAUAUCUUUGUAAAAAGAGGGAAAAAAACCUUAAGAGCAUUUUGGUUCAUUAAUAAAUACCCUGCCUUGUUCUAGAUAUAAUAAAGCAAGUUUGUAAAUGAUGCAGAUAGCCAACUACAAUUUUGUGAGACAAAGGAAAGAAAACUAUAGGAAUGUAAUAUGGAGCCAUGAAUAAGACCCAUACAAAAAUGCAUACCACAGGAGUAUCUAUAUAUUUCUUGUAAGUGGACCUCAAACUUGGCUCUAAGGUUUUCAGCAGUUAACACAAAAAAAGGGGAAACCUGGUCACUUUCAACAUGUCAGAGUGAAUGUAUAAUGAAGACAGACCAAUCGGUUAGGAGAGCCACAACUAUUUCUGAUGGUGAGACGAAACAGCAGUUUCUUCAUUGCUGAUUUGUGAACACAACCUUCUAGUAUGAUCAGCUAUUAUAGACCAGCUAUUAUCCUUGUUUAAAGAACAAACUCUUUAAAGACUUUUGAUAGAAGUACAACAUGGGAGUACCCAGGUGACAAGUUUAAAGCUCAGUAAAUUAUCACAAAGUGAUCACAGCCAUUAACUAACACCCACGUCCAAGAAAUAGACUCAAAGCCACAUUCAUACUCUCUCGCAACCACUACUCCCUCCUCUUCAAAGACAAACAUGAUCUCAACUUUAAUACAAUAGUUUAAGUUUUUGAAUUUUAUAUAAGUGGCUGUUUAUAAUAUAUAUUCUUUUGUGUCUUGCUUCUCUUGCUUAAAAUUGUGAAAUUUAACCAUGUUAUUUUAAAAUGUAGCUAUAGAUUAUUCAUUCUCAUCACUGCAUAAUUUUCCUUUGUAUAAAUAUACUACAAUAUAUUUCUCUUUUUGUUGGUGAACAUUUGAAUUAUUUCCAGUUUAGUCUGUUAAGAACAUUGCUGCAAGUGGUUAUGCCAUUUUACACUCCAUGAGCGCUGAAGACAUUCUUAUUCUACAUCCUCAUCAACAUGCAGGAUUGUCUGUCUUUAUCUAAUUUCAGUCAUUCUUUGGCUGUGAAGAGGUUUCUCAUUAUGGUUUUAAUGUGUACGUGAGUAACUUUUCCCCCAGCAUAUAGAGCAAUGUUGCCAUGUAAUAGACACUCCGUGGAGAAAAAAAAAAUUGACUAAAUAAAUGAUUUCAAAAGGCUUUGCUAAUAAGGUAACAUAAAAGCUGUGAUAGGAAUGGUAGGAAGCUUCCUGAUGUGCAAAAAUCAGUGGAAAGAACAUUCCGGGCAGAAGAAACAACUAGCACAAAGACCUUGGGGGAAAUGUAGUGGACUUUGUGAGAAUCAUACUAAUGUGGCUGGGGUAUAAUGCAGGGUGGGGAAAAAAUAGCAUGAGAUAAGAUUAAAGAGGUAGUUGAGGUCAAAUCCUAUAUAGCGCUUUAUAAGCUAGGAUAAAUAGAUGUGUUUUAUUCUUGGUUCAGUGGGAAGGCUUUGGAUGGUUUUAAGCAAGGAGUGAUGUGAUCUGAUUUGCCCUGCCUGCUAUAUGGUGAAUUGACUGUAAGAGAGCAAGAAUAGAAACAGGGAAAUGGAGGCUGUUAUAAUAGUCUAGGUAACAAAGGGUUUAGAAGGAUGGGAGAAGUGGAAUGUAUUAAAGAUAUGUUUUAGAGGUUGAGAACUUGCUGAUGGAUUGUAUGAGGGGCAUAAGAUAAAAUAGUGACUCCGGAGAUUCUUGGCUUGACAUCUGAGUGAUUGGUUGGUGCCAUUUACUGAAGUUGGGAAGGGUAGAAUACCAGGCGCUCUGUUUUGUUUACAUUAAAAUUGAGAUUCCUAUUAAACAUUAAAAUGAAAAUAUGAGGUGGGCAGUGGAUAUGUGUGAGGUUCUAAAAAGAUGUUGGGGCUAAAAAUAGGUAUAGUAGUUAUUGGCAUAUAAAUGUUAUUCAUAGGUUAAGGGAAGGGGUUCUACAAAUAAGUUUGUGGCACUUCUGACCUACAAGAUCAAGAUAGCCAAUAAAGGAGAUCAAAACUACCAGUGAGAUGGGAGGGAAACUGGCACCUGUUGAUAGAGGAGCCCCAGAAAGGAGACUUUCAAGAAGGGAGCAUUUCAACAUAGUUAUUUUAAUUAGAUUAUAAACUCCCCUGGUCCUUUUGAAGAAUGAAUGUAUUAAGAAAGAUAUCUUUAGCAUUUUUUUUUACCACUUAUCAGAGAAUGAUGGAUGAUUUAUGAAAGAACUUGACAGGAGGAAUUGUCAGUCACUGAACAAUUACUGAGACCCCCUUCCUGAAGAACUUAAAGAAAUGUAAGCUAUUUCAGGACAAAGCUGGCCAAAAAACAAAACAACAUAAAACACUAUUAUAGGAUGCUAUAAAUAAUACACAACCCAGGUAAAUGAAGCCAACUUUCAUUUUAAGGAUAGCCUUUGUGCUCAUUCCCAGUACCCAGAAGGUCUUCUGUCAUCCUGUCUUCUUUGUUGAGGAGACAGUUUUUUAAGCCAUCAUAUGUUACAAGAAUCUUCUUUUAUUUCUACCAGCCAAGUACAAAAUUAGGAGUUUGAGUAAAUAAAAGGAAAUCUAAAGAAAGCCCAUUCCGAAGUUUGCCUUAGAAAAUGUUCAUACGUUGAGUGUUCUUUUUUAAAUUCUGAAAACUGUUUAUGUAUGCUUGAGCUAUAGAUUUAGUAAAAUAUCUACCAAGAAGUAUUUUGAGUGUCCUGACCAUUAUUAAUAUGUUUAAUAUGUAUACUGACUUGUUAUUAAACUAGAAUUUUUGAAAUGAGGAGCUUUUGGGAUCAAGUGACAGACUACCCUUUUGUAACUGUGGAUCUUUUUUUCCUUGCUCUACAUUCCCAGUUUUAAAGUAGUUAAUAAAAUCACUUGAAUUUGAAUUUAGUUUAUUUUAUUUUUUAGAAAAGAUUUUAUUUAUUUAUUAGAGAGAGAGAUAGCAAGAGAGAGCACGAGCAGGGAGGAGAGGGAGAACCAGGUGCCCACUGAGCCACCCGGGUGCCCCGAGCUUGAAUUUAAAGACUUAAAGAAACUUAAAGACUCUGGGGUGCCUAGGUGGCUCAGUCGGUUAAGCAUCUGCCUUCAGGCUCAGGUCAUGAUCCCAGGGUCCUGGGAUGGAGCCCCUCGUGGGGCUCCCUGCUCAGCGGAGAGCCUGCUUCUCUCUCUCCCUCUGGUGCUCCCCCUGCUUUGUGCUCGCGCUCUCUCUCUCUGUGUCAAAUAAAUAAAUAAAUAAAUCAUACAAAAAAAAAAGAAAAAGACUCAUUCAACAUUGAUCUUCAUCUAGGCAUUAAAAUCAGAAUGUUAAAGGUAGAAAAGAGCUUAGUAAUUUGGCUCUAAUUAUUGGAAGUUAUUUUUUUCUCUUUAUUUC